UUGCAGGAUUGUCUGAAUGAAUCUUUUAAACACACCGCCUGAUACAUAUAUAAUCGUGAAGUCUGAUGGAGGGCGCUAAAAAACUAAGACACCACCAAGACAAUUAAUACAUUGCACAGAGUAUCUGCCAAGUUGAUGGCCAAGGAUAUACGAGAGUUUAUCGAUAUACACAUUAAUGUCCCCAUCACCUGCCAUUUCCUCCCCCACUAACUAAACACACAGGACUACGAACUUUCCUUUUUAAACCCAAACUGUACAUAAAAGGAGCAGUCAACGCUAUCUUAUUUUUUUUUUUUCAUUUGACCCAUCAAAGUGCGGCUGAAAUCAAAAGUAUUUACUAGCCAUCAUAUCACCAUCAUGGCAAAAGGACUUUGUUAAAAAGUAACCUUAGGUCUAGAAUUUCAUUUUAGUUGCGGUCAGGUGUUCAUUCGCGACGGUUCUGAAAACAAAAAAAGGAUUUCUAUCAAAAACAGUGCAAAUAAGAUCCUUACAGUGUUCAAAAUAAAAUGUGAUAUCAUAAUUAAAACGGUGGUUGAUUUUUUUCAAAAUUAACAAAAAAUGGCAAAAAUCAUAUCGACAAUCAAAGCAAUCCUUACCCGUCUAAUUUUUAGUGCACAUAGUUUGAUUGCAAUUUGGCAAGUUACUGAAAAUAAGGGCCACAUUAUUUACUGGUCCUUAUGCGGGCCAUUGGCGUUGCUCCUGCUCGAAGGGAUAUUCACACUAGCCAUCAAGAAGAAUCAGGAAUGGCGAUGGUUUUGUCCAUCAGUAUUUCUGUAUCUGGGAAGUAUUGUACCGGCAAUUUGGCUUUUAGAAUUGGAUAAAGUCGAUCGUCGCAAUGCCGGAAAGAACAAUGUUCCCACAAAUCAUUCGCUGGAUUCAUCUCCCUUAGGAACUAUCGAUGAUAUUCUCGGAAACACGGGAAUUGAUAUGCCUAGCAUCAAUGUCGACACAUGGACAACAUUAAUUGAACAAUUCUUGAUGUUGAUUUUGAUUGUUGGAAGAUGGUUGUUACCAAAAGGUGAUCUUACACGAGAUCAGUUAAGUCAACUUCUAUUAGUUUAUAUUGGUACAGCGGCUGAUAUAAUCGAAUUUUUUGAUUCCUAUAAAGAUGAUUCAAUUGCCAAAAUACCUCUAUUGGUAUAUUUAACUCUGGGCAUUUGGUCAUGGAGUCUUUUGCAGUUUACAAUAGUGUUGUCUGCAACAAGAGCUCGUCGAUCACGAGGAGGUGGUCCACGAGAUAAUGAGAACCACGACUGUUGUAAUAAUUGUUGUUGCGGUAUCGACAUUUGGGGCAUAGUUUUGAACGUAAUUCUUCAAGAUGCACCCUUUCUAACUUUUAGAUUGUUAAUUAUUUUUCAAUAUAAAAUCAUAAACUAUAUGAAUGUGUUUUUUACAUGCAAAAACUCUUUGGUGAUUGUCCUACAAUUGUACAGAUUGUAUGUGGUUAAUUCCGAGUUCUGGAAGGCACGAAAAGCUAGCAAAGCUUUGAGAAAGUCACAAAUUAAUAAAGCAAGACGGCGAGCAUCAGGCGAUCUGACUGAUGUCUAUGUGAUAUCAGAAAGAGGCACAGAGUCAAGAAGGAGGCCAAAAAGACCAAAGAACUACAGUGAUGAUGAAUAUGUUCGGAAGAAAAAACAGAAGAGGGAAAAUAAAUAUCGAACUCGAAAGGAUACUGGUUAUUCUACUGCAAGUUCUCAAAAUCUACACUCAACUCGAAUUGUAGACGAAAAGUCAGCAACUCGUCGUAAGGACAAAAAACCUAUAAAAAAAGCCAAACGAGAUCCAAGUACAUCUCCAAGUGAAGCUGAAAUUAAAAUGAAACGUUUAAAGAAGAAGCCAGACAAAGCUGAUCAUAAGGUUGAUAAAAAAAACGGAACAAAAAAAAAUAAAAUUUUUGAAGCGGUGACCGAAGAAUCUUCAUCAUCGACAACUUCUCCAUCAUCAUGGGCUAGCAAUUCAACUUUGCCAAGUUAUGAAGUGAUUAGGGAUAAAAAGUCGAAGAAACGACGUCGAAGAUCGAGUACAUCUUCGACAACAUCUUCAAAUUCAUCAGGAUCAUCAUCGUCAUCGUCGUCUUGAGAGAAAAACAAAAUAAUUUGUUGAACAUUUUUUGGAAAAUUCAUUUUGUCAAUGAUAGCAUUUAUUUUUUUGGAAUGAAAAAUAAAAGUAAUGUUUAUCUACUAUGUGCUAAAUAAGCCAGAUGGAAAUACUGUAGGAAUGUAUUUUUUAUCA